AUGGGCAAAGCGUCGAGCAAACUUUCCAAAGAAGAGCUUAAAGAGCUCAAGGAGAUCACGCACUUUGAAAGCAAGGAGCUGCAGCAAUGGUACAAGGGCUUUCUGAAGGAUUGCCCGUCCGGACAACUUAGUCGAGACGAUUUGCGCGGCGUAUAUAAACAGUUCUUCCCAUUUGGAGACCCUGGUGCGUUCAGCGACCUCGUUUUUGACGUUUUCGACACCGACAACAACGGCACGGUAGACUUUAAGGAGUUCAUCACCGCACUCAGUAUCUCUUCCCGUGGAUCCGUGGACGAAAAAUUGAAAUGGGCUUUCCAACUAUAUGAUUUGAACAAAGACGGUCUCAUUAGCCAGGAGGAGAUGCUCUCGAUUGUUACUGCAAUCUAUAAAAUGGUCGGAUCCAUGAUGAAGGUUCCUGAGGAUGAAAGCACACCAGACAAACGUGUCCAGAAACUAUUCGCUUCAAUGGAUGCUGACAAGGACGGCCAAAUCACGUUCGAGGAGUUCUCAGAGGGCUCCAAGAAGGACCCUACCAUCCUCAGCGCCUUGAAUUUAUAUGAUGGAUUAGUAUAG